AUGUAUAAAAUAAUCUUACUCUACUAUAUAACUUCAAAAGGUGAGACAUUGGGAAAUUUUCACAUGGAUGGUUAUGAUUAAAUUGUUCAAACAAUGAUACAAAUCCUGCAAUGACAUUUGUUCCGACAAUAAGAUUCUCAAAAUUGCUUUGGAAGUUUACUUCCGAAGAGGAAAUAAAAUAAACAAAUUCAUUUUUGGGAAUCCUUAAGUUACCGAAUGUGUCAAGAGUUCCAUUUUGAAAUGCUCUGAAAUAACAGUACAUAGAUUCAUUAUUUGAUUCACAAUUUUUUUUGGAACAGCUCACACAAAUGUCACAACUAUGAAUUUUCAGUAAUUUAUUUAUCAAGUAUCCGCAAAUAUAUUUCAUAACAUUUUGCUGGAGCACAUCACUGGUUCUAUAAUACAGCAUAAACGUGUCCACCACCUAUUAGUUUUUCCAUUGUACACAGUUAACAUAUACGUCCCAACAAGAGAAAAGCCAAGAGCAGAAUGCAGAAUGAGAAAGUCCCAAAAUGACGGACUCAUCAACGCGACGGAUAUGCGCGAACUUCUCCCGCCAAGCGAAGCGAAGUGACAUUGCUGAUUGUUACAUAUGCUGUGACUAUGUGUUGUGGUUGUGCGAUAACCAUAACCUUCAAAAGUGAUGAAAAAUAUGUUUAAUAUAACAUAAACCAAUGAUAACAUCUACAUCUUGUAAUGUGUGGAGCAAAGUAUCUUUCCUAAUUUCGUGAUAAUUAUGAUGAGAAUAAUCUAUUAAUGUAUUUGUACUGUGAAUCUGCAAAAAAGUCAUGACUGUUUCUGGAGAAGCUUUUCGAAAUACCUUCAAAUUUGCUAACAAAGAUGUGAUUAGAUGGUUUCCUGGCCACAUGGGAAAAGGCCUGAAACAAAUGCAGCAAAAGUUGCGGUCAGUGGACUGCAUUAUAGAAGUUCACGAUGCUAGAAUUCCUAUAUCCGGCCGAAAUACAGACUUCAAAUACACCAUCAGUGGAAUAAAACCUCAUAUAUUAGUAUUGAAUAAAGUUGAUUUGAUCAAUAAAUCAAUGAUUCCUAAAAUAGAGGAGACGCUAAAGAAUGAAUAUCAAGACAUUGUAUUCACAAAUUGUAAUAAUCAGAGAUGUCCGGGAGUUAAAAAGCUAUUUCCACUAGCCCAGAAACUCAUAAACCAAUCUGAUCGGUACAAUCGCUCGAACGAGGAAGAUUUUAACAUUAUGAUAAUUGGUGUUCCGAAUGUUGGAAAGUCUUCGCUCACUAAUGCCCUUCGUGUAAAAUAUUUGGGAAAAGGAAAUGCCACAUCUGUUGGCUCAAAUCCAGGAAUAACAAGAAGCGUGUUGCAUAGGAUUAAGAUGUGUGAAAAACCUUUAUUCUAUAUGUUGGACACACCUGGUAUCUUAACUCCAAAUAUAGGUAACAUUGAAAUUGGUUUGAAGUUGGCUUUAUGUGCCACCAUUACAGAUCACCUUGUGGGCGAAACUAUUAUGGCAGAUUAUCUGUUGUAUUGGUUGAAUAAACAUAGUUAUUUUGAUUAUGUUAAGUACUUCAAUGCAGAUAAGCCGAUGGAUAAUAUUUUGGAGCUCCUAUCUCACAUAAGCAAAAUUAAUAAUAAAACUUUGAAAAUACGGAAUCAUUUGAAUGUGUACGUUAUCAAACCUGAUUUCGAUUUGGCUGCUAAAAUUAUGUUGAAAGCUUUCAGGAAUGGGGAUUUAGGGAGGGUAGUUCUAGAUGAAGACCUUAUAGGAGUUUGAAUUUGCAAAACAGUAAAACAUUGCUCCAAUAAAUGAACUACUGAAGUAUAGAAUCACCGAUAUAUUUGUACAUAUAUUAGUUUCAAACACAAAGCAAUGGGGAAGAAACCAAUGAGCUGUCCGAUAAAAAAUUAUUGUUUUUACUUCGCAACCUUCUUUUAGGCAUGUUACUUGACUUUUAUAAUGUGCUGUAUAUAGAAUGGAAUUUUUAAAGCCAUUGUAGUUAAUAAAGUUGUUUUUGAAAAAGUU